AUGAAUGGCCGCAUCCUGAUCAAGCUCAUAAAACGGACGGUUCCCACGGUCCUGGGUGGAUUGGCCGUUCUCGGGGGCGGGAAACUCUUUAAUGAGCACUGCUAUUCCUACCAAACCUGCUCCGGCCCCUCUAUGUACCCGAGCAUAAAUUACCGGGGCCAAUGGCUUCUCAUUUCUAAGUUUCACAAGCACGGAAAAGGGCUCGAGGUGGGGGAUCUGGUCGUAUUCAAGAGUCCACUUUUUCGAGGGCGGACGUCGACCAAGCGGGUGCUGGGCAUGCCGGGGGACUUCGUGUUGAAGGAUGCACCGUCGCCUGGGGAUGACGGGAAGGGGUGCGAGGAUGCAGAGAUGAUACGGGUCCCCGAAGGCCAUAUCUGGGUUAUUGGCGAUAAUUUGCCAUGGUCGAGGGACUCGAGAUUCCACGGACCGAUCCCGUUAGGAUUGGUGGUUGGUAAAGUUAUUGCACUAGGAAAAUCGUAUUCGUUUCCUAGAUGGGCACGGAAUACCUUAGAACCUGCUAAGUUUUCGGACGAAUGA